AGUAACGCAUCGGGUCAAGGUUAAAAUGGCGACGGAGAAAAUGAAACUAGAAGUUUGGAAAGGCGAUUGGGGUUUGCCAUCAGUUGAUCCACAUUGUCUUGCUGUAUUGGUAAUAUUAUUAUUGAAAUGUAUUACUUUGUUUCCGUACCCAAUCUUCAUAGCUCAUUACAAGUACGCAGUUUCCUCUUGUAUGUCGUAUGGUCAUGGUACAAACGUGACACUCGCGUCAUUAUCAUUUUUUUUUAAAAUAAUUAUUUCUCGUUCUUUUCUGGUAGUCUCAGGAGGUAGGGUCCGUUGCUGAAUCCAUGUACUGUGUACUGUACUGGCAAAUGUGCAACUGUUGGGAACGUUAUGCUGGUAUUUUAACCGCUCCUAGCAGAUGCUAGGGCAAUUUUGAAGCUCUUGAUUGACGUCGCGUUUACGGCGGUAUUGUCCAGGUGGUUCCAAGCAAUGAUUGUGUGUGGUGUGGGAAAAAUGAUUGUUUUUAUUGGACUGUGAAACACUGAGGCACAGUGAAGCUGUUUUUAUUGGACAGUGAAGCAUGGUAAUCUACCACUUGAAUGUCGGCCAAGAAAAAAUCCAGUUGUUCCGGUUGGAAGGGCUAUUUAAACAACUACUCUUACAUUGGAGUCUGUUAAUAUUUUAGCUUCGUAUAGAGGCUAUAAAGUUAUAUAGCACAAUACUAUACUAUACUAAUACAUUUAAAUAAUUAUUACUGCCAAGCUACCAAUAUGCCAGGAAGAAAAAGAGACUACAAUUAUUUUUUUUAAUCCAGAUAACGCGGAUGUCUACCCACAGAAUGUGGAAAACGUGAAUGCUUAGAAAGCAUUAACUGAAAAGACAGUUUGGCACAAGAAGCGCCGGUGAUCUUGCCCCUUCAUAUUUACGUGGAUUCAUGUACCACAACUUUUUUCGUGGAAAUUAUAUUUUUUUAAACUUCAUUGUCAACUUGGGGGAGAACUAAGCAUAAUUUCACACAUUAUCUUCUAUUUCAAAAAAAUUGUUAUUGUUUUUCUAUUUUUAAAAAAUUGUUUAUUAUUAUGGAAAUGCAUACGUACAACCAAUGUCAUUAAAAAUAAUAUAAGAAUAGUUGUUUAAAUAGCCCUUCCAACCGGAACAGCUGGAUUUUUUCUUGGCCGACGCUCAAGUGGUAGAUUACCGAAGCAUUUAUAAUUUUUCUGGAUGUAAUUGCUUAUAACUUAUGGGUUGUUAGAGUUGAAGUCAGUAUUUAGUGAGCGUUUGGCUCUGUCUAAGUGACCUGUCUUCUGUGGGGUGAGAUACAUGUUUGCUGGGAUGACCGGCACUAGCCCCAUGACCACUUUAUAUAGUUUAGGAAUGUUAAAGGGAGCUUUUCUCGUCUGUCUUUGAGGGAGUGGAUGUCAAGUCUUUUUAAGAGGCCAGUGACGAAGCCAGGAGUGGUGGAUUUGUAGUCACAUGCCAUGAAGUGCACUUCGUUACGUUGGAUUUGCUCCAUCUUGUCCACGUCUUGCCUUAGGUAUGGGUCCCAGAUGAUUGCACUAUAUUCUAUUAGUGGACGGACGAGUGCAAGAUUGGCAUUUUUGUUUGCAGCAGGUUGGGCAGUGUAUUUGCAUGAUUGUGAACUAUUUUGCAAACCUGCGAACGUGUGUCCCAAAUAGUUUACUUUUCUUUAGAAAGUGCCUGGCAGCCCCGUUAAUUAGUGAUGUUAUUUUAUUAUUUACUUAACGAUCCUGAAUGAAUGGAGUUGUCAUGCAGAAUAAUUGCUUGUAAUAAUAUGAAAUAAACAAUACCCAAGCAUGGUAAUGCAAGUUAUGUUUGGCCAGGAAAUAUUCUGCAAACUUAUGACACAAAGCCAAAGGGUGGCAAAGGCACUGUAUGACAGCAUGCUUUGAGUUGGAGUGUCUUGCGGAGCACCGUCUCAUAACUGCCAACGUCCCAGUUCUUUAGUCUGCCAUGCUGAGUCAUCUGAUGGAUUCUAAAAUAAUGAAAAUACCAUCCAUGCAAUGUGACACUUGGUAUACGCAGCAGGUAAUUUUUUGCAAAAUGUGGGCCUAACACACAGAAAAUCACUAUGAUGAUAUUCUGUAGGGUUUACGAAGUGAAAUGCAAGCAUUGGAAGUUGGUGCACAAUAGUAAACUACAAUAACAUUUACUGAAUUGAAUGUCGGAAUCAGUUUCAAAUUCCACAAGAUGGAACAUACCAUGGGCUGUUACCUUAAUACUUGUAUGCUUUAGUGGUGCUUUAGCAACAAAGAAAACAUUUUCCAACAAUACUUAAAGUUGUUACAUUGACCAUAAACUUGGUCAAACAGUAUUGUUCAAAGUAACUGCUCAUUUGAUAUGUUUUACUAGUGUUUUGAAUUAGGGACCGGUUUCUGAGGAGUUUCAUCUGUUUUCCCCUGUACGUUCACACUGCUCUGCUAAUUUGUUGCAGCCAAAAAUCUUAGUGGUGAAUCCAUGUUGGGAAUCCAUGAGACAGAUAUACUACAUAUUUGUUCACACUGAGCAGACACAACUAAGACAUUAGAUGCUGAACUUUUGUGCUACCCAGUUGGCAGUAUUAGUAGGGCAAAGUUUAGCAACCUGUGGUUGCAAAUGGCAUAUGGUUCUUUAAAUAAAUAAACUACUAUUUGUAGAGGCCAAGUUCAAAACAUAUACAUCCCAUUAGUUUUUUCAAAUUAAAUAUAUAUAUUUUAAAAAGUACAUUUUUGGUUGUUAGUUUUAACUUGCAUUUGCAUAACUCUACACCCAGCAGUUGGUGGAUAUACAGAUAUGAUUAGUUGGGGACCAUCUAUAUUUAUAUACAUUUUCUCUGAGAGAGAAAUGGAAUGGUGAUGAUUUAGGAGAUUUUGUGUUUUAAAAAAAAAGUGGGUGAGGUUGGUGUCUAAUAUCAGAGUAUAUAAAAUUAACAUCGCCACAUUUUCAUAAUGAUAGUGGUGAUCAUCAUAUUGUUGCUUUGUGUAUAAUGAACUUGCUAGACACAUGAAAACUGUGAUUAGCGUAGUCACCCUAGUGACAACUUUAGUCACUCAGGGGCUAAUUCACGUAAUACAUAUGCUCUGAAUGGGGAGGGCUGUUGUCUAUAUUUGAGAUUUCACGUACACAUUCAUAUGGUGUGUGGGGGGGAUUCUUGGCAGAAAGUAGGUACGUUAUUUAAAAUUUCUUCAAUAUUCAUGCUGAAAAUCUAAAAAUAGCAUAUUUAUACCUUGAAUACUGUAAAAAUAUCAUGCAUCGUUUUGUGUAUUAUCGUCAUGUUGCCAUGUAUUUUCACAAAUGAAUUCGCAAGAUAUACUCAGAUACUCCUAAGUAGUAGGGGUAUGUAAGUAAUAUUUAGUCCACUAUAUGUUCUAAGUGCAUGUGACAUAUAUUGUUUUGGGCUACACCAGUGGUUCUAGAAUUUCGUUUACAGGUGCCUAUGCCAAAUUCAGGUUUUGACUGGGUGCCCUGUGUUUUUAUUUUUAAAUAGCUGUUCCUAACAAGUAAUUUUCAAAUUACUUGGUAGUUUGUUUUUUUAAAUGACGCACUAAUUUGUUAAUUAAUUCUUAUUUAAAUAAAUUUUAUUUUAUGCCGACGUCACCGCGAGUUUGAACCACAAUAAAUUUGAGCAGUAACUUUAUUUCUACCAGUGACAGACUGUUAUAAAUUAUUAUAAUGUGAUCUGCACGUUCAUCUCAAUAUUAAUUGAUAUCUGUAGCAAAUACAUGUGCGCAAAAAAAAAGUUACAGCAGAUAGCAAUAUAAACACCAGUCAUGUACUUUUUUAGAAUUUACCAAAAAUAUGAAUGGAUUAUUUUUGUAUAAGGCCAGCCUAUGUAUGAUAUACUGCAACACUAAAAACUAGUGAAAAGGAAACUUAAUCCCGCUUUUUUUUUUUCAGAAUCCAAGUAACAAAUCUGCAGUGUGAAAAUACUUUUAGCCUACACACUGUACUACACUCACUUCUUUUUUUUACUGUACUACUUAGUCUUUAAGCUACACAUAUGACAAGUGUUUCUUUCUGAUUUAUGGGUGCCAUUGUUCAAUAGAAGGCCCUAAAAUAUAUGAUUUCCUAAUAGUACUCUCCUGUGCCAUGUAACCAUGUUAUGAAUUUGAAAAUUAAUGGUGAGCAAUAUGCAAGUUCUUUUCAAGCAUUAGGCUUAAUUCUAUUCUACCAUUUUAUCAAGGACUGGAGUAAAGUGUAUUAGCAGGACAUAGGAAAUGUAAAUAAGUGAAGAUUUUAUGGGGACUUUGUCUUUUUAAUAGUCACAUCAUUACAAUUGCUUUCAUUUGAUAUUAUUGCGACCACAUAUUUAUGAGUUCAUAACCAUAGAUUUAAUCAACUGACUUCAGGCGUAUUGCAAGUUCUCUCAAGUACCAGUUGAUGUUAUUAAGUCAGGCAACCCAUGGCGCUCACCAUCAGGUUAGUAAAUACACCAUCAUAAACAAUUUCAAUCCUAAAAAUUAGCAUUCAAUUUUAUAAAAAUAACAGAUUUAAUUGUUAUAUGAGUAAUCAAGGAGAUAGCUAUCAGCUCAUCCCAAGCUUUCAUGAUUUUGUAUGAUUAGCUUUUUUUCCUUCCCCACUGCAACUAAUUUUUUGUGUUUCCUACUUAUUUUUCACAAUUUUUUUUUUCUAAAAAAACCAAAAAAAUUGUAAUAAAAAUGAACAUCAAUUUCUAUAUGGCCCCUUUUUUUGAAUUUUGCUGAAUUAUCUUUUAAAAUUUAAUUUCCCUAUUCACCAGUGUAGUUAGACAGGAAGAGUGAGAAGGGAGGGCACAUUUUGUGAUUUGUACAUCUGUAUUGACAUUACAAAUAACUAAGAAACACUUUGUGGGUGGUUUUUCUAAAACUUACAUUAUGCACAUUCCCUAUUUACUUAAUAAUUGUAUUUGUUUUUUAAAUACUUCUCCCUCCUUAUUGAUUAUAGACAAUUUACAAAAUAUAAAAGUAAAUGAGGAGGGCUAAUUAUUUUUUUAAAAAAAACAAUGAUAGUCUCAUAUAUUAAAAACCCUUUCAUGUUUAAUAAACUUAAAUAAACUUUAGAAAAAAGUGAUUUCUGAGUAGUUAAUGAUUGAGACAAUAAGAAGUGAUAUGUAUCGGGCUGACCUGGUGGUUGCUUUAAUAUGUAGAAAAAUUGUUGUUGUUUUUUUAUUUCAGGAAACUUUCCUGUUCUGCGUCAUGGGAAUUCUGCAUACUCCAGGGUCACAGACAUCUUUACAUUUUUGAGGAAAGAGGUUACUUCUAUUUAGCUUUUUCUUAUUUAUUUAGUUGUAUUAAAAUUUUAUUUUUGUUCAGUUAAAGGUUUAGACCAAUAUGUUUUGAGCAAAUUUGUUAAUUUGAAAAAUUCAUACUUGUGGUUACAUCUGUACUAAGAAUUUAACCCUCUUUGAGACUUAGCUUUUUUUUGGACUCUGUGCCAAAAAGAUUGUGCCCUUUUCCCAAGCCCUGCAUUGAAUUUGCAAAAAAUUUAUAAAAAAUAAAAUAAUUACUUUAUAAAUAUAAAACUAUAUAUAUUAUUGUAGGGAAUUGAAUAAUUCAAUACAAUCUUUAUGAAUCCAACUGAAAUCUCAACAUUUAUGGAUAAGUGAUAUCUUUAGUGCAAAAUUUAUGAACGCAAUAUUUCUUUUACACUUAGAAUAAAAUUGUCUUACUUGCAGAAUUUUGUUUAAUUUAUGAUUGUUGAAGCCUAAAUAAUAUUUGAAUGAGAUUCAAUGAGAAACACAGCAAAAAAUAUUCCCCUGGAGCUGUUAUGCCUUUUGGCAUAUUUCAAGGUCACAUAUUUUUUAAGCAAUUAUAGUGGUCACUAGAUACCAAAAAAAUUGAUAUAAAAUGACAGAACACCGCAAAAUAACAAUGCAAGCCGCCAUUUAAAUGGUGAGAUGAGCAAGAAAAUUGAGAAGCAAUCUGAUUAGCUGGUAAAUCUCUAGGCUUUUAUUAUUUGGCCAAUAGAUUUGCCUUUUGUCAUUUUCACCAUAACAAUCUGGGCCGAUAGAUCGGCCCAGCCGCCUCAUGAGGGGUAAGAAAAACAUUUUCCAUAUUUAAUGAAAAAAAGAAUUAACAUAAACAGGGCUAUGUAUGCAUAACUAAUUGUUUCUCAAGUAAAAAAAAAUAUUAUUGCUUCAAUGACACAUUAGUUAAAAAGGAGUGAUUAUUAUAACCUUUUCUGUUUCAUGGACCCCUUCAUUAGUCAGACGAAGGCCAAUGACCCCUUCUUAGAAUAAAGAUUUUAAAUGCAUAAAAUAAAAUCAUAAAACCCCUGAGUUUAGCAUUAGAUGGAAGAAUUAAAUAAAUUAAGCAGACUUAAAGAUCCUAAUUUCAAAAAUAAUUAGAAAUUAAUCUCUUUCCAUCUUCUAGUUUCUAUUUCUAAUUGUGUUAAAAUUCAUUUGUGCUUUCUGACAUCUUUUAAAUAUUCUGUCAAUUACUUAUUUAUACUAUGAAAUAAAAUAACCCAUACUGGUGUGUAUUUAUAUGCAGCAUUGGGGUAAUGAUUCUCACCUUACCACAAAAGAAAGUGCAGAUGUAAUAGCAUUUUGUGCAAUGUUGGAAGAGAAAUUAUUACCAGCUUUGGUAAGCUUAAAUUUACAAGUUCUUUUCAAAUUUUACUAUAUUUUAUAUAGGGAAUUAUUUUUGCUUUAAUAAAUAUUAGUAAAUGGAGGGGAAAAAAGUAUUUUUUUUAAUGCAUUUGAAUGGAAUAUGUUAUUUAAGAAUAGCAAGUAGCAUAGGAGCCAGAAUGAUCAAUGCAUUGAUAGUGGGCCCUUAAAAUAUAGAAGAAGAAGAAGCAAUGCUAAUUUUAAUAGGCAAAUGUUACGUAAUUACAUUUCAAACUUAAACUGAGCGCAGUUAGAAUUAUGGUGGUAUUAAGUGACAGAUUCCGGUUGGACAUCUAAGCAUUUUCCUUGUGCACCCCUCUAAGUAUUUGAUAUUUUGUAAAGCAUUAUCUUCUUUUUUUUUCAGUUGCAUCUGUGGUGGAUGGAUGACAAAACAUAUGUAGAUAUUACACGACCUUGGUAUGCGAAGGCUAUUCCAUUUCCACUCAGUUUAUUUGUGCCACAGCAGAGGCAAAAAAGAGCAGAAGUCAGGGUGUUGCUGACCAAAGGAGGCGAUCACAUCACUGAUGCAGAAACUGAAUCCAAGGUAAGCUGGCAAGCAAGUCCUGUUAUAAACCCUCAAAGAUAUAUGUUCAUGGAAAAUACAUCUUUUGAAAUAUAACCCUGUUCAAUUAAGCUCAAUCUUGAUUUAUUAAAGGUUCCACUUAAGUGUUUUGAAGCAUUGUAUGUAUUCAUUUUCUUUGUUGUGCUUCUUAUUUUCUUAAUAUUUACACCUUGAUUGCAGUCUCCUUCAUGUAAUCUCAUUUGUUGUGAGGGUUGCUACUUAUAUUGAUUUUUGCUACUGAAAGAAAAUUUGGCAAAUAUUUCAUUAAUCAUUGACAUUUACAAAAAAAUUGAAAUCUAACCACAUGGGAGAUUAAGAUCCUGAAAUAACCUGCAAUCAUUCCAAAUGUUUCCUGAAAGUUACUGUACAAAUAUAUUUCUUCAGUGAAAUCAUCCCAGGUUGUAUUUUUGUUUUAGACUUGUCUUAAACAGGAGUCUCAAUACUAACUCCCCUUGUUGCAGAAACAUGGACGUGCAUUAGAUUUAAUCAGAGGCUGGCAAACUGAAGCAUACAGGCCAGGCAUGGCACGCAGAGCGAUUUUAAUGCCUUAUGGGGGGACCAAAGAAUAGAUAAAUAAGUGCCCAAAAAAAAGACAUGUUAGAGCAGAUUGACUUGUAGGUUGCUGGAACACUGCAUGAAUUGGAAAUCCUACUUUGGCACAAUAUUACCUAAAGGAGACAGACCCCUUUUUUACCCAUUGCUUGGAUUUAACAGCUGUUCUGUCAUUAUUUGAACUCUUUCAGUGCAACAAGUUUUUUGUCCUUCUCGGAUUUUUUUGAGUCCUCUCAUCAGUCUUGGUGGCUCAGUUUAACAUUAUCUCAAUGAUUAUGAAUUUGCCAAAUGAUUUUCUCGAUGAUCCUUUCAUUCAGACAUAAACUAUUUCCUAUUACUUUUUAAUUUGUUUAAAGAUGUGUUGUUGUUUUUUUUCUCUCUAGAUUUACAAGGAGGCAAAAGAGUGCUUAAAUCUCUUGUCUUAUAAACUUGGUGAUAAAGAAUUCAUGUUUGGAAGAAAGUGAGUUAUUUUUUAAAUUAAGUUGGCAUCUGUUUUGAGAAACAGAACACAGCUUUCAAAAUCAGAGAUGCACUAAGGACCACAGUAAUAAAAUAUUAUUUCUUUAGGAAUCACAAUAUAAGUCAUACCAAACUCAUUCAUUUGCUAAUUAAAAAACCACCUGUAACUAGAAGGAAACCUUUUAUUACCACUGUUGCCUGGCUUGAGCUGGUCAGAUGUUGCAUGAGUGAUAUCUUAUUAAAUUUUUUCGUUAUCCAUACUAAGUUUUUUUUUUAAAGAUCUGUUUAAUUUCUUUUAGCUUUAAAGUUGGUAACUUUACACACAAAAAAUGGAAUUUUUCAAGAUUCUGAAAUGACUUCCUUUCUCAGACCAUCAUCCCUAGAUGCCAUGGUCUUUGGUUACCUAACUCCACUGCUGAAGGCUCCACUCUCAUCUAAUACACUGCAGAGCCACCUCCAACAGUGCACCAACCUUUGUCAGUUGUGUAAUAGCAUACUCACCACCUACUUCCCGGUAGAACUUAAAGGUAAAUAAAUAGUAAUAGCUUCCUCUGUUUAUAACUGGUACCCCCAUUUAAGAAUACAUUGAUAAAAUUUAGCUGGAUGCCCUUUAACACAAAUAAAAAAAACUUUUUUAUUGAUUAUAAUUGCCUGUCAUGUUGUAAUCCUUUUGCCUUAAAGUAAAUGCUGAUUUCGGUAAUUACAAAAACUUCAUUGAGCUAUCAUUCCAGUUUACCCUCUUCCUAAUUAUUAAGUUUGGUAAUUAGAGAAUUAGUUUGGUAAUUACAGAAUUAGUUUUUGAAUUAGAGAAUAAUUUUAUGAAUUAAAUAUUUAGUUUGGUAAUUACAGAAUUAAUUUGAUAAUUAGAGAGAAUUAGUUUGGUAAUUAGAGAAUUUGAUUGUGAAUUAGAUCAUUCGUUUGGUAAUUAGAGAGAAUGAGUUUGGUAAUGAGAGAAUUGUUAAUUAGAUAGUUUGUAAAUUAGAGAAUAAGUUUGUGAAAUAGAUAUUUUGUUUGGUAAUUAUAGAAUUAGUUAGUGAAUUAAAGAAUUAGUAGCGAAUUGGUUUGUGAUUUAGAGAACUACUUUGUAAAUUAAGUCAGUAAAAAGGAAAAAAACAAAUAAGCAGUUAAAAUAAAUUAUUGUUAAGAAUAAUGGGUUCUGUAACUUUAUAAUAAAAUUGAACCAUAUAAAUUACUUUGAGCUAUACUUUUUAAUUUUAGCCCUUUUUUUUACAUUUCUUACUUUAAAGAACUUGCAGAGAAAAGGAAGCAAGAGGAAGAUGAAAGAAAAGCACAGGGUGGAAGGACAGACAUGGCAGAAUUUCCAAAUCGCCGCCGAAACAUGAUUCUGGCAGGUUUGUUUGCCAUCACAGCUAUGGUGGGCUAUGCCUUUGCCAGUGGCCUGAUACAGGUCCAGAUCUCAGAUAGUGAAACGGGUUCAAGUGCUAAAAGGUUUCUUCCGGCACCCCCACAAGCCGUUCAUCGCACGGGAUACGAUCAGUCAACCGUGUUAGAUGGGCAGCAGCAAGAAGGGGAAGAUUAGAGGAAGUGAUAUCAAUGCUGAAUGCUGUUUGUUCCUGCUCGUUCUGUGUUAAAUUUCCUAUCAAUAAUGACAAAACUGAUGGUAAAUCUAGUAAAACUGUUGGUAUUAAUUUGUGUAUGCAAGCAAUUAUUUAAAGUAAGCUGCUACAACUCAAAACAGUGCUUUUUAUAUUUUGAUGUAAAUGUAAUAGUAAAGUUAUUACAUUGAAAGUUUUCAUUUUUAUAAAAUCAAAAAAGUAUUGAGCUAUUUCUUGAAGUGGUUUGCUUUAGAGUGAAAUCUAACAGUUAAGAUAGACAUUAUUAUCAUCUUUCCCAUUGUUUCUGAAGUAAGGCCCUUUUUAAAACAAGAAUUGGGGGGGAAAAGUAGAAAAGUAUUGUUCUGGUUUCUGAGAAUGUAAAAAAAAAAAUGUCUCCUGGAUUUAGCUAACAUUUAAGGAAAUAGACAUGUUUAUAGGGCCACUAUUUGUUGACCUACAAGGUUAAAGGUUAUAAAUAAAGUAAAUAAUCUUAGUUAGAUUUCUAUUUUUUUUUAUACACCAGAAAGCUACAUGGCUAAUGAUAUUACUUCGUCUUCCUUCUUUGACAAAUUUUUCGUUGUACCUCAGCAAAUAAAUUAUAUAUGUAUGUUUUGUUCAUAUUCAAGCUAUGAAUACUGCCAAUUUUCCCCAUUUAAUCUGCUAAAAGUUUAUAUAAUAAUUUUGUAAGCAGGCUUGAUUUAAAUGGAAAAAAUAAUGUUAUAAAACCAAGUCCAGAAGAAGCUGUUUUAAUAAAGCUAGUUCAUAAUGGUGACUUCUGUUUAGAAAGUACUAACAACAUGAAACAUCAUUUAAAGUAUGCGCUAUUUUUUAAGUUAAAGAACCUUUCCUUCUUUCUGAAAUAGCAAGGCUGAACAAACUGUGGAAUCUUUCCAUUCUUAAAUUGUUUAUGUUUGAUUUUUAAAGCAAAAUAUUAGUUUUUUUAAUUGUUUGGUUAAAAAAUAUUUUUCACAAUUGUAAACUUUUGUAAAUAUAUGCUAUUAAAAAUCAUUUCAGUUUUUCUUUAAUUGUGUGUUAUCCCUAUUCCUUAAUUAGAGUAUAUAAGCUCAAACUCAAUGACCUGGUGCAUCUUUGCAAUGUCAGGGGGAAAGUAUAUUAGUAACAGGGUUAGA